AUGAAUGUUCACGACCUUCUUACAAAUGAGGUUCAUGCAGUGUCACAUGUGACAUCAGUCGCUAGCUGCUCCAAUACAAGCAGUGACUCAAGCUCAAGCUCAAGUUUGAGCAGUGAAAAGAGCGGCUGGGUGGCCCCGUUCCUACUGCAUCUACACCAGCUAUUACGGCGUGAAGACUCAAAGAUCAUUCGAUGGGUAGAAGAUGGUAUGGCUUUUCAGAUCUUAGACAAGGCAGCCAUGACCUCUCAGGUUUUACCUAAAUACUUUAAAAACAAGAAUUUCUCGAGCUUUCAACGUCAGCUCAACUACUUUGGCUUUCGUAAAUGGAGCAAAGCCCGUGCCCAGUUUCCCACGUAUAGCCGUGAGCAUUUUAAGCGUGACAACUUUAGCGAGAUGUUGCUCGUCAAACGUCAAAGUAAAAAGUCUCGCAAACGCAAAAGUCUUACUAACAAGGAGAUGUCAGUGAAGCGUGCUGCUCUGAUGCCCAUCUAUUGUACCGACAAGUUUAAGCCCAUUCUUCCGCGUCCAGAUGGGAAUCUACAAGCUGCUAUGGCCGUUCGAAUCCAGGACAAGCCUUGUGUCAUGUCACCAUUGAUGCAAUCAGCGACUUUAUUCAAUCUCCCGUUGCUGUCUCCUAGUCGUAAGAUGAAUCAUGAGUGUAAACUCCCGUCUAUCCAUGAGCUGUCUUUAUCAAGUACUGUCCCGUACACGGUUUCUAGUCGUAUCCGUUCUCGUCUCAUGGCGUAA